UACAACAACUAUGGUUAUGAUAAUUCAAACCCAUAUCAAGAAAACUAUGAAUUAAACAACUAUGGUGCGCAACAAGGAGCUGGUGGUGUCGCCACUGGUGCUAGUGCUGAUGAUUUUGUCCAAUAUAUGAAUCAAAUCUCUAUUAUAAACAAUGACUUAGAUAACUAUAAUCAAUUAAUUGAACUGAUUGAAUUCAACCAAAAGAAAAUCUUGAAUGAAAUUAAUGAAGAACAAGAAUUAGCAACAAGAAAACAACUGGAUGGGUUAAUUGCUCAAGCUUCUUCUUUGCAACAAACUUUAAAAGUUAAAAUUAAAGAUGCUCAAUCAAAAGCUGGUAAAGAUUCUGCUAAGAAAGCUCAAGCGGAAAAUUCAAGACAAAGAUUCUUGAAACUGAUUCAAGAUUAUAGAGUUGUUGAAGCUAAUUACAGAGACCAAAAUAAACAACAAGCUGCAAGACAAUAUAAAAUUGUUCAACCUGAUGCAACUGAAGCCGAGGUUGAAAAUGCAAUUAAUGAUGUUGGUGGUCAACAAAUCUUUUCUCAAGCCAUUUUGAAUGCUACAAGACAAGGUGAAGCCAAAACUGCAUUAGCUGAAGUUCAAUCAAGACAUAGAGAAUUACAAAGAUUAGAAAAAACUAUGGCUGAAUUGACUCAAUUAUUCCAUGAUAUGGAAGAAUUAGUUGCUGAACAAAAUGUUCAAGUUGAAAAUGUUAACCAAGAAGUUGAAGGUGCUCAAAAAGAUAUUGAAUUAGGUGUUGGCCAUACUACUAAAGCUGUUGAUAGUGCAAGAAAAGCAAGAAGAAAGAAGUGUUGGUGUAUAAUCAUCUUGAUCAUUGUUAUCUUGAUCAUUAUCGCUGUUAUUGUUGGUGCUGUUGCUGGUAAAUAUGCCAAAUAG